ACCAUCAAGUUUUUUUUUUUUAGAGUGCCCGCAGUGUCCAUGGAGAGAGGUUGAGAUGGCCGACCUCCAGCCCUAGACACCGGGGCGGCAGGACGGCGAGGAUGUCGGCUUCGUUAGUCGGGGCCACUGUCCGGGCUGUGAGCAAGAGGAAGCUGCAGCCCACCCGGGCCGCCCUCACCCUGACACCUUCAGCAGUAAACAAGAUAAAACAACUUCUUAAAGAUAAGCCUGAACAUGUUGGUGUGAAAGUUGGUGUCCGAACCAGGGGUUGUAAUGGCCUUUCCUACACUUUAGAAUAUACAAAGACAAAAGGAGACUCUGAUGAAGAAGUUAUUCAAGAUGGAGUCAGAGUGUUCAUUGAGAAGAAAGCACAGCUAACACUGUUGGGGACAGAAAUGGACUAUGUUGAAGACAAAUUAUCCAGUGAGUUUGUGUUCAAUAACCCAAACAUGAAAGGAACAUGUGGCUGUGGAGAAAGCUUUAACAUUUGACUCCUCAGGACUGCUCGGGCUGCAGGCCCCAGGAGAGCUGUGGAAGCUCUAGGGCUUAUUGAAGAAACCAUGUGACUAUCACAUGCUUAAGGUGUGUAAUGUAUGACUGCCUUCCAACGAAAAUAAAGUGAUGCAUUUGAAAAUGAAAAAAAAAAAAAC